GCAAUCUCCAGUUUCAGUCGAGCCCACCCUAGCACAAUCAAAAGUGUCAUUCACUUUAACAUUCCUUGGUGGUCGAUGCAAUGCGCCGUUGCCGGAGAAACAGAGAAAUCCCUAAUAGCCUGAAACUCCCGGCGGAAACAUUUUGUUUCUUCAAGAUCAUUCUCCAUGCCAAUAUUCGAUAUCAACGGCUAAGGAUUCCUGUAAAGUUUAUCAGGGAAUUCAGAGACGAACUUUCCAACAUUGCAGUUCUCCAGGUUCCCAGUGGUAAAAUCUGGUCUAUAGGAUUAAGGAAAUGCAAUGAGAUGGUUUGGUUUGAUACAGGCUGGCAGGAAUUUGUAGAAUAUUAUUCUAUACUCGAGAAUUACUUUUUAGUUUUCAGAUACGAUGGGAAUUCAAAGUUCUAUGUUUCUAUAUUUGAUACAACGACUUGCGAGAUAGAAUAUCCAUGUGAUACUAUGGAUUUUGAAGAAAACAAUCCUAAUGGUGGAUGUAAAAUUGAGGAAAUCGAAGAGCAGUCCUGUAAAGAAAUCUUUGAUGUUCCUCCAAGGCGAAGCCACACUACUGCUGCUUCAAGAAAGAUGAUGAGUGAUGAACUAGAAGAGCAACAGAUUUUGAAAAGUAGAGGUAAUCCAUCAUCUCCAUGUAUUACAUACUCUUGGCCCAUAUAAUGCAGUUUGAUGAGUUGCAAACUAUUUCACAUAAUUUGGGCUACAAAUACGCAGAAAGAAGUAGUUUGAGGCUG